AUGGCCGCUAAUGCAACCAGCGUACAUAACGUACGGUCGAGCCGGGCUUCCAACAUGAGUUCAUCCGGGAUGAACAAUGACCGCAUGCGUGGAUCUCAGAGCAACAGUGUAGGAAAGGGUUUCGGGGCUGGCAAGCCCAACUGGAACAGCAACAUUUGGGGUGACGGCAACCUCGGAGGUGGGUUCGGAGAUGAUCAACACAUCGGCGAGACUGCUUUUGAGGGCAAGUCCGGUUCGGGCUCGUUGCUGUCCUCAUCUGAAUCGGAUGGCUGGACAGGACGUGCGAACAUGCCUUGGAGUACCGUCAACACCUCAUUGUCGAUGGGCCAGAACAGAGGCGGCAUGGCCACUUCACCCAUUCAGACUCGCGGCAAUGAUCGGAGCGCAGCUGUCCUCAACGAGGCGGGUGAUUCCUCAUACUUUACAAUGCCUCGCACGUCGGGAAUCAGCAGCGGUGCUGGUACCGCGAGCCAACGGCCAUAUCUUAGCACAGCAUCGGAGGGAAUUUCCCCUUCGGCUGAUGGCAUCUCAUUUGGUGGGUUCCCUAGUUUUCGCAACGGCGAAGGUCGACGGCAGAUCAACUCGAGCGGUCUGAGCAACAGUCCUGUGGGGGCUACCUUCCCGGUGAAGUCUGGAUUUACUCUGGAUAGUGCACGCGCGGAUGAUAUGGCCACCCCGAUGGGUAUGUCAUCCCUGGCCUCUGGCAUGUCGGACACGGUGUCCCCGCCCCAAGGACGCAGUGCACUUGCCCACAUGCCUCACAACUCUGCCUCAUAUGCGCCACAACGUCCUACCCACUCUGCUCACCCCUCAUUCUACUCCGAUAACCAGAAUCUUGACAGCCGUUACGGCAGCGUCGACCUGAGCGCUGGUUUCAAUAAGCUGCAACUGAACGAGGCUGGGUACGGCUCGCAGCAAUCAGCUCAGCGACCUCCGUACGUCCCUCACGCAUCCUUUGAUGGGUCCUACCCGCGUGUCAAGUACCAGUCCGACGAUGUCGGCUACCAGACACUGGCUGGUUAUGGUGCAGAAGGCACCCCCGACAUGCAUCUUGCAUACCAGGCUCGAUCCCGUGCCGCAGACACUGGUUCCAUCUCCCCGUCAGAUUAUGCUCGCAUGGAUAGUCCUCUGUAUGGCGGGGCGGAGGCAUCGCUGCAGUAUCGAAACAAUGGCGGCCGUCUCUCCGAUACCCAGGCAGCUGCGUUCGAGCGGAGACUCCGGAAUUUCCAGGAACAGGAUCUAGUGCAAGGUCCUUCCGGCUCCCUCCAACGGGGACAAUUUCCUCCUUCCUACGACUAUUCUGGCUACCAGUCAGCUCGUCUGAAUGCCCUUUCCGGAUUCUACCCCGUCAACCACCUCGGUCAGCUCGGAGCGGCUGCCCUAGUCUCUCGAGGCCAUCGCGACCAUGAUCCCGCCCAAGUUGUUCGCAGCCCGCUCCUGGAAGAGUUCCGGGCGAACAGCAAAGGAAACAAGCGAUAUGAGUUGAAGGACAUCUACAACCAUGUGGUUGAGUUCAGUGGUGAUCAGCAUGGCUCGCGGUUUAUCCAGCAAAAACUGGAGACUGCCAACAGUGAUGAGAAGGAGCAAGUCUUCCGUGAAAUUCAGCCCAACUGCUUGCAACUGAUGACGGAUGUGUUUGGCAAUUACGUUGUGCAAAAGCUGUUCGAACAUGGCAAUCAGACCCAGAAGAAGAUCCUGGCGAAUCAGAUGCGAGGCCAUGUCCUUGCUCUGUCGACACAGAUGUACGGGUGCCGUGUGGUGCAAAAGGCAUUGGAACACAUUCUCACUGAUCAGCAAGCUGGCAUGGUCAAGGAGCUGGAGAACCACGUCCUCAAAUGUGUUCGGGACCAGAAUGGCAACCACGUUAUUCAGAAAGCUAUUGAACGAGUUCCCUCGCAAUACGUGCAGUUUAUCAUCAAUGCUUUCCGAGGCCAGGUGAACAGACUUGCUGCGCACCCGUACGGAUGCCGAGUUAUCCAACGCAUGCUCGAACACUGUGAAGAAGUUGACCGGGAGUCUAUUCUCGCCGAGCUUCACGCUUGCACGUCCAACCUGAUCCCCGACCAGUUCGGCAACUAUGUGAUUCAACAUGUGAUUGAGAACGGCGAGGAGAAGGAUCGCGAUCGCAUGAUCCAAAUCGUCAUGUCACAGCUUCUGGCUUAUUCUAAGCACAAAUUUGCCAGCAAUGUGGUUGAGAAGAGCAUCGAGUUUGGCACUCCAGACCAGCGCCACCACAUCAUCUCCACCCUGACUUCCCCCAACGAGCGGGGCGAAAGCCCCCUGCUCGGUUUGAUGCGGGAUCAGUAUGGCAACUAUGUCAUCCAGAAAGUUCUCGGCCAGCUCAAGGGAGCUGAGCGCGAGGCUCUGAUUGACCAAAUCAAGCCCAUGCUGAGCCAGCUGAAGAAAUUCAGCUAUGGCAAACAGAUUGUCGCAAUUGAGAAGCUCAUCUUCGACCCAAACUGUCCUGUGACAGGCCCUCUGGCUCACACCACCUCCACCACUCCUCCCAACUCUCACAAGUCCUCACCUCAGCCUUCUAAACGUUUGAUCCCGACCAUGGAGCAACCUCGCGCCUUUGUUGGGACUGCGCCACCCACACCUCCCCCAACCGACAACCAGAGCACCGUUGACGGCUCUCUUGAGUCGAAGGGACUUGCUAAGAGCACGGUGACCCCGGUCUCGGAGGAGUCUGGCAACACCGGUGUUUCUGUCCCCGUGGACAUCGCCAGUGCCCACUAA